AUGUCUGUGUAUAAUGAGCUUCGUCUGGAACAACAGCUUUGUGACGCCGUGAUCAGAGUGGGCAGCACCAGAUUUCCCGUGCACAAGAUCGUCCUCUGCAACUGCAGCCCGUACUUCCAAGCCCUCUUCACCAACUGGUCAACCCAAGAGAGACAGGUCUUUGACAUUCCCAAUGUGUCUUCUGACGUCAUGAAGAUCAUCAUCGAGUUUGCCUACACCGCCUUUCCCGCUGUGACACCGGAAAAUAUACAAGAGUCCUUCAUUGCAGCGCACCAGUUCAAUGUGAUGGGCCUUAUUCAAGCCUGCUGCAGCCUGCUGGAGGAUCAGCUGUCCCCGCAGAACUGCAUCGGCAUCUGGCGGUUCACAGAUUUCUACUACACCCCUGAACUGACCCACAAGGCCUUCCUUUACACAGUGACUCACUUUGAAGAGGUUGCUUCCACCUCAGAAGAGUUCCCGCUGCUCUCUGUGCAGGAACUGGUUAAAAUCAUUGAGAAUGACCACCUCAAUGUCAAGCAGGAGAAGACGGUGUUUGGGGCCAUCCUUUGCUGGAUUGGCUACGCCGCACAGGAACGCAGAGAACACAUCUCUCUGCUUUUGUCCAAUGUCAGGCUGGCUUUAACAAGUCCACAAUUCAUCACAAACAGUGUGAGAAACAACGAACUAGUGCUGGCAAGCUCAGAGUGUCAUUUGAUUCUCAGCCGGGCCCUGGAGGCCAUGCAUGACCUCAAUAUAAACAAGUUGUCCAAAACUAUUUAUUAUAACCGCCUGUCCUGCCCACGACUGUCUCCGACCGCCCUGUUGUCUUUCGGGGGCAGGCGCGGUGGAUAUUCCACCGAUGUCAUAGAGGCGUAUGAUACCCGCGCUGAUCGCUGGGUCAGUGUCUCAAAAUACGGGGCUUACAUUCCGCGGGCCUACCACGCCACAGUUUUCCUUGACGGAGCAGUUUACUGUGUCGGUGGCUUUGACAACUCCGAGUGGUUCAGCAGCGUGUACCGGUAUGACCUGGUCACCCACACCUGGACAGAGGUGAAGCAAAUGCAUCGGAGCCGCUGCUAUGUCAGCGUAACCGUGAUGGACGGGUACAUAUAUGCCAUGGGAGGCUAUAAUGGACGGCAUCGACUCAAAAGUGCUGAGCGCUAUCAGCCCAGAAACAACCAGUGGACUUUAAUUCCUCAGAUGCAUGAGCGGAGGAGUGACGCCAGCUGCACAAACCUCCGUGGCAAGGUGUACAUUUGCGGUGGCUUCAAUGGGAAUAAUUUCCUGUCAACGGCUGAAUGCUUCAACCCAGAGACCAACCAGUGGACACGGAUUGCCUCCAUGGACCAAAUCCGCAGUGGAGUUGGGGUCAUUGCCUAUGCAGACAAAGUCUUUGCAGUUGGCGGCUACAACGGGAUCAGCCGUCUGAACACUGCUGAGGCCUACAACCCCGACACCAAAACCUGGCACGCUGUGCCCUCCAUGCUGGCCUGCCGCAGUAACUUUGGUAUUGCCGUGAUCGAUGACCGUGUCUUUGUCGCGGGGGGCUACAGCGGCUCAUCCACCAUGUUUGACGUCGAGUAUUAUGAUGCCGAAACUAGCGAGUGGUCUGGUGCCAGUUCCAUGAAAGUCUCCUGCAGCGCCCUGAGCUGUUGCGUGGUGCACGGACUCCCUAACAUGGUCGACUACUCAGCUCCUCGUCUUAUGCAAUGUUCUGAUGCGGAUGAGGACAAAAUGGAAUAAUCCACUAUGAGCUGUAUUUCUCUGUAAAAAAAAUGUCUUCAUGCAAUAAAAACACUAAGUAAUCAAACAAAGUACUAAACUAAUACUGCAAGUAAAUUUGUUGGCC